CCGGGCCUCUCCACAUCCCCUCCCCGCCGCGCCUCGCUAGCGGCGGCAGUGGCAGUGGCGGCGGCGGUGGCGGCUCCUGGAGCCGGCGCGAGUCCAGCCCCCGCGGCGGGACCCGGGUCUUGACGAGCCCUGCCUGGGCCGAAGCGUGCGGAGGAUGGAAACGUGCGCUCAACCAUGUCUCUGGGCCGCCUCCUUCGCAGGGCCUCCUCCAAGGCCUCGGACCUCCUGACCCUCACCACGGGGGGCAGUGGUGGGUCCCCCUCCAUCCUGGAUGGAGAGAUCAUCUACUCCAAGAACAAUGUCUGUGUGCAUGCACCCGAGGGGCUGCAGGGCCCUGGGGAGCACCAUCCAGGGUACCUGUGCCUGUACAUGGAGAAGGACGAGCUGCUGGGGGCUACCCUCAUCCUGGCAUGGGUCCCCAACUCUCGCAUCCAGAGGCAGGACGAGGAGGCCCUACGCUACAUCACACCCGAGAGCUCCCCUGUGCACAAGGCACCCCGCCAUCGGCGGCGGCGCACCACAAGCCUGGGAGCCCCAUACCAACCCCCUCCCACAGAGCCAAGGCCUCCCCUGACUCCCAAAGAUGAGGACAUCCUGGUGGUGGUCCAGAACGCCCAGGAUGCGGUACACAUCAGCCCUACAUCUGAAGACGGGGAAAAGCUGGCCCAGGGCCCAGAGGUGGAUGGGCCUCUGCCCGCUUCACAGCCUGUCCACAGUGACUCUGGGAUCCUGUCUACAGUCAGUUCACAAGACGGGACAGAGGAUGGCCGAGAGCCACGGCCUGAGGCCGUGGAGGAAGAGGGCUCCUUGGAGUUGUCAGCCGAUGGUGUGAGCAGAGAUAGCUCCUUCGACUCCGACUCCGACGCCUUCUCUUCACCUUUCUGCCUCUCGCCCAUCAGCGCGGCCCUUGCCGAGGGGAACAGCUCUGCAUUCCUGGAGAGCGAGGGCAGCUCCCCCUCUAGCUCGGAUGCCAACCUGCGGUUCCCUGACAGCAAUGGCCUCCUGCAGACACCUCGAUGGGAUGAGCCACAGCGGGGAUGUGCCCUGGAACAGAUUUGUGGUGUGUUCCGUGUGGACCUCGGCCACAUGCGCUCCCUGCGACUCUUUUUCAGUGACGAGGCUUGCACGAGUGGCCAGCUGGUGGUGGCCAGCAGAGAGAGCCAAUACAAGAUUUUCCACUUCCACCACGGCGGCCUGGACAAGCUCUCCGAGGUGUUCCAGCAAUGGAAAUUCUGCACGGAGACACACCUCAGGGACCAGCAGGUCACGGAUGAGAGGACAUGCAUGCAGUUCUCCAUCCGAAGGCCCAAGCUGCCACCCUCUGAGACCCACCCGGAAGAGAGCCUGUACCGGAGGCUGGAUGUGUCUGCCUGGCUCAACCACCUGAAUGAUCUGGGCCAGGUGGAGGAGGAAUACAAGCUACGCCAGGCCAUUUUCUUUGGCGGCAUUGACGUGUCGAUUCGAGGGGAGGUCUGGCCUUUUCUUCUGCACUAUUACAGUCACGAGUCCACAUCUGAGGAGCGAGAGGCUCUGAGGGAGCAGAAGCGAAAGGAAUACGCGGCGAUCCAGCAAAAAAGGCUCUCCAUGACUCCCGAGGAGCAGAGAGCCUUCUGGCGUAGCGUGCAGUUCACUGUGGACAAGGACGUGGUUCGGACAGAUAGGAGCAACCAGUUCUUCCGGGGGGAGGACAACCCGAACGUGGAGAGCAUGAGGAGGAUUCUGCUGAACUAUGCCGUGUACAACCCAGCCAUCGGCUACUCACAGGGCAUGUCCGACCUGGUGGCACCCAUCCUGGCUGAGGUCUUGGAUGAAUCAGACACUUUCUGGUGCUUCGUGGGUUUGAUGCAGAACACCAUCUUUGUUAGCUCUCCCCGGGACGAGGACAUGGAGAGACAGCUGCUGUACCUGCGGGAGCUGAUCCGGCUGACACAGCAGCGUUUCUACCAGCACCUGGUCUCGCUGGGCGAGGACGGACUACAGAUGCUGUUCUGUCACCGCUGGCUCCUGCUCUGCUUCAAACGGGAGUUUCCUGAGGCCGAGGCCCUGCGCAUCUGGGAGGCCUGCUGGGCCCACUACCAGACGGACUAUUUCCACCUGUUCGUCUGCGUGGCCAUCGUGGCCAUCUAUGGGGAUGAUGUCGUCGAGCAGCAGCUGGCCACAGACCAGAUGCUCCUGCACUUUGGGAACCUGGCCAUGCACAUGAACGGAGAACUGGUGCUCAGGAAGGCCAGGAGUCUCCUGUACCAGUUCCGCCUCCUGCCAAGAAUCCCCUGCAGCCUGCAUGACCUGUGUAAGCUGUGUGGGACAGGAAUGUGGGACAGUGGGUACAUGCCAGCUGUGGAGUGUGCCGGCCACCACCCGGGCUCAGAGAACUGUCCCUAUGGGGGCACAGUGGAGGUGCCAUCACCCAAGCCCCCGAGGGAAGGCAAGAAGGGUUCAAAGGCACCGCGGGAGGCCUUCGGUUUCCGGAGAUAGAAAAACCUCUGCCCUUGACAAGGAGCAAGGGGACCUCCCUGAGGA